AUGGAAGGAGGCUAUUACGUCCAAGUGGCUUUACGCAGUAUGGCCAAACACAUCCAACCUGUCUCCGAGACGUCGAUUGAUGAGGUCAAGCAACCCGAUCGACGCUGGGCUAGACAGAAGACGACCACCUACGGGGCCUACGCGGCAUCCCGAGCGUCGUCGCGUACAGGGUCUCGUAUUGGCUCACGGCUCGGAGGAUCAAAAGUCUCACCGUCAGCUCGUAAAGGGCACAAGAUGUCGCUGGGUUUUGGUCCAAAUAGCGGAGAUUUUAUGAAUACAUCGUGGAUAGAAAGCCCCGAAUCCAACAACAAUUCUCCGUGGCUCUCUUCGUCUUCUCUAGUGGUCAACACCGCGAGAGGCGCUGUCGAUUAUGUUGAGAUGCAACGAAGAGCUGACAUCGAACGGGACUUGAGCACUCGUGAGUCUGUUCGUCGCUCCAAUGAUGAGAUCAACCGCAAGAGCGACGUUCGAAUAAAACUGCGGUCUCUAGCUGAUCCAACAAUCUCUCUUGAAAAGGAGGAGGCCAUGAUAGCGGCACUAGGAGCGGAAGCACAGCGCUCACGUCUGCGGCAGAGUCGAAAAGGAACUCGAGGUAAAGCCCCAGGAAUUCCUCCACCCACGCUGUCUCCUUUGAGCGGGACACGUGUGGGAACGAAGGGAGCGAACCUAUCGCCACUCGACUCCAAUGAGACCAUGACUUUCCGAACAGAAGACUACAAAGGGCUCUCUUCAGACGUCGUACUUUAUGGAAAUAGUGGUGAGCUUUUGGUCUCUCAGAAUUGCUUCGUUGUAGAGCACAAACUGCGCCAGGAACUUCUGUACGAUCUACAUACCCGAGGAGUGAUUCAACCACGUAUCAAACUUGCGGCAAUACCGAAGACAGAAGAGGACGUCAAGAUCGGGAAACACUCGGCGGUUACUAAGCAAAUUCGCUCACCUACACGACUGCGUUCACCGUUACUUAACCAUGGCCCAAACAUCAGUGGGUUUAAUGAUCAGAUCGGAUCUUUUGAGUCGUCGGCAAGUCCCAUGUUUAACUUUCAGGGCGUACCUCUCGCUAAGGGUGUCGCGUUGAAGCCUCCUGAUGCUUCAUUAACGCAGCCUUCCAAUGGCCAGAAUGCAGCACAGCCCAAGGCGCCGAAGAAGAAUUUUACACCAGAAAGUCUACCGACCACCAAGCUUGAGACUAAUCUCAGUCCGUUAAUCAAGGCACCAGGUGGCAACAAGAGUGCAUUGCUGGGUGACUCGAGUCUUCAGGCACAGAACACUAGACCGACUGACGUCUCAUUGGUUGCAAGUGUUCAAUCUUCUCGUACUCUAAAACUGGAGCGCAGUGUUGGAAGUCCUGUACAAGUACUACCGAAGCAUGUCGUACGUUGA